GGGGAACCAAACCGGCAGCCAAAAAUUGAAACGUCGGGUUCGUUACACCAGAGAAAGCCCGAGCAAAAAGUGUAAACCAUGGAGAAGAUUUCAGCAGCUUGCGCCAUGGACUGGAGCAUCAAGCUCGAGAAAGCUCUUCGUUCUAAAAACCCAGUUAGAGCCGUUGAAGCUAUCCUGGACAUUGGUGGGAAGCUUGAACAGUGGAGCAAAGAACCAGAGCCUGCAAUUUCCGUUUACAAUUUAUUCGAAUUGAUUCCUCAAGAAGAUAAUCUCUUUUCCAACACUAUCUUAUUAAGGCUAGUUGACGCGUUUUGCUUUGGGGAUAAGCUUGUCAAGGUUGCUGUUGUCGGGGUUUUUAUGUCUAUGUUCAAGAUAAGCCGAGGGAAGAACAAGACUAAAUGCGCAACUUGGUUUCUGUCAAAGGCUAGGGUGCAUAACCACUUGGAAAUUCUUAGACGAGUGAAGAGUGUUUAUGAUAAGGGUGAUACUGAGGCAAAGGCUUUGGCUUUGAUUCUGUUUGGUUGUUGGAGAGAUUUCGCCAGCGAGUUUGCUCCGGUACGGUACUUGAUUUUCACCAGUAUGGUUUCUUCACAUGAUCUCGAGGUAAGAUCAUCUCUGUUUGCUGCAGGUUGCUUUUGUGAAAUGGCAGAUGACUUUGCAUUGGUUGUUCUGGGGAUGUUACAUGACAUGGUGAAGUUCCCGGAGAUAAAGCCAAAGACCAGGUUAGCUGCUGUGCGAGUUUUUGCAAAAAUGGGAUGCUCACAUGCAAUUGCUAAUAGAGCAUUCAAGAUCUGUAUGAAGCUAAUGCUGGAGUCUUCGGACCAGGAGAAUGUGGUUCCAUUUCUGGUUUCCCUGACUAAGCUUGCUUCAAGUUCUACUCAACUUGCUUCUGAACUGGCAGAGGUUAUCAUGCCAUUUCUGGGUGAAGAUAAGUCCUCUCAUGUUCGAGCUGCGGUACUAAGAUGUCUCCACUUUCUCAUUAAAAGAGGGAUGUGCUUCUCUCUUGUCCAUGAAAUCGAAACUGCAAAAUUUUCCAGCUUUCUAACACAAGCAGAGCUCUCAUCAGAUAUGCAGCUUAAAGCUCUUCAAAUUUUUCAAAAGAUAGUUGUCUACAAACUAUGUAUGGCGGAUGCGUCGGAAUUGCAUCAGCUCAUAGCUAUUGUUGAGAAUGCAUCUCAUUUGCAGAUCUUCUCAGGCGGUUGUUUAGCUAUCAGUAUUUUGGUGGAUAUAUGGAAACAAAUAGUCCGGACAGCAGAAAUAAGAUCAGUUGAGGUUUCUUCGACAUCUCUGCCGCUGCAGCUCGUUGUCUUAAUCAUGGACAGGCUCACCUUGCUGGGAAAAUCAUGUUCUGAUCCUUUUCAAGCUGACUGUGAACUAUUUGGGGAGAUUCAAGACCUAUUCGAUGUUCUCCUCCUAUUAGUUGACGAAAAGCCUGAAAUAAGGCUGCUAGUUCUUGACAAAGUCAGGUUAUUCCUAGAGUAUAUUGUGAACAUAACUGAUGGCUUAAGAGUAACAGAUGGAGCUCAUGAAUUGCUGCUUGGCGUUAUCAGUUAUAAAAGUACAAGAGCGGCGGUCGUGAGGUCAGAGCUUCUAGUAUCAGUACACAAGUUCCUGAUAGUGUUCUUGGAGAAUCUUGACAGGGAUGAUUCUGUUUUGUCUCAAGUUAAUGAAAAAGUGAAGCAAAUCACUGAGUGUGUACGUUCAUGCAGCUUCUUUGAUUGCCACACACAAAUGAAGUUUACUCUGCUAUUACAUUCUCCAAUUAUUUGGGGAUUCCUUGUGAAUGAGAUAGGGACCAAUAAUGACGCAGAUGGAAACUCAGGCUUCUCACUUGUUGCUGAUAUGUUUAACUAUGGAGUCGUCUCUCUUGAAUGUUCGACUCAGAUGUUAACGGAGAGAAACUACUGGCCUGCUUAUAGAGCUGGGGUUUACGCAGCACGUUUGGGUUCAUGGGUCACAUCUGCUUUGAUUUUUGACCAGCUUAAGACCAAUGUCCAGUCUGAUAUUAACUGUUUUUGGUUGAAGUCAUUAGCCUAUUUAUCUCAUGCUGAAGGGAAAUUCCAACUGCUUCUCAUGCCAAGUGCUAGUUUCAAGUUAGUCAUUUGGUUGAGAAGUAGCGGUUACUUACCAGAACUCUCCAAAGAUGCAUCUGGAGAGUUUGCCCACUGCGUAGCUCUUCAUGAAGCAUAUAUGAAUCUGCAGUCGUCUCUGGGAAUGCUGGGAAAUAUUAAAGCCUCGAGUGAAGUGUUCUGUUUCCAAACGUGGUUCUUGGUUCUAAAGACUCGGAUACUGGAAACUGUGAUUGAUCUCGUCGAAUGCCUCGGGCUGCUUAACCAAGAUAUCAGCAGCAAGAAGCAGGUGGAUGAAAAGAUCUCGACUGGUUACAGUUCUCUGCAGCAGCUUCCUCGUAUCUCUAUUCAGCUUCAAAAGUUGGCGAAGGAGUUUGAUGUGUUAGCGACGUGUUUUAUUGACAUAGACCAUAGCAGCUCCAGCGUUAUCGCAACUCUUUCUCUGAGCUGUUCAGUUCUGGCUUUUGCUACUGGAAUUGUUCUUUUCCUUCCAGGUUUUUCUUUUCAUGAUAAUUUUGUUCCUUUCACCUCACAAAGUGGUAUAUGCUCGAGGCUUGUACAAGAUUUAGUUCAACGGCUAUGGAAAGUGGACCCUGAAGUCUGCGAAAAGCUUAGCAUACUCGUGAAGGCAAACGAAUCACGAAACUGUUUCCACCUGGAACCUAGGAAUCAGGUAUUGAGAGUCUGUAGCAAGGUGGCCAUGCUGCUCUCUAUUUGCAGAGAUACUCUUGCAUGCAUUUAUGGAUUGCAGAAUCGGUCGAAUUCAAUGCACGAAGAGGACGCUAUGUCUGAGAUUACUAAGAGUUGCAGGAAUCUACUUUCACAAGCAAUUAUUAAAUGGAUGCAGAUUCCUUUCGGUAUUCCAAAGUAUUUCUUCAACAUAAGGCCAUGUGUUGGUGCCGAGCUAUUUGCUCUUAGUUCAGUCAGCUGCAAGAAUGCUCCUGAUACAAUUUCAGUGGAACAAGGGUUUCAACUGUCGCUGGAUCUUUGUCUUCAGUUGACAAACAUGCAACAACCGAGAGUCCCUCUUCGACUAACCAAACUGUAUUGUCUCCUCUAUUCUAAACUAGCUUAUCACACCCCGACUCAACACGGUGAAACCAAGAGAAACCACAAGGCUUAUUCCCCUUGGAGAGAUGAAGAUCUAGUAGAAAUGAGUAACAAGCUGUUUCAUCAUGCUGUUACAACGUCUGGUAAGAAGCCGGAAACUUCAGGUCGAUUUGAUUGGAAUCGGAACAACAAUGGUGUUUCUGCGGUUGUGCAGUUGGAACCAAAUGAGAGAGGACAAGGGUUUUCGAGCUGCUUGCUAGACGUUUCGCGUUUCCCAGUUGGUUCAUAUCAAAUUAAAUGGCUAAGCUGUUGCAUUGAUCAACAUGGUUCUUACUGGAAUCUUCUACCUCUUAAUGGCAGACCUGUGUUUACCGUUAAGAAAGGUUCAUGACUAGAAUCUAAUCCUAGUUUUGAUAUGGAGAAAGAUUCAAGUGUUAGGAUCUAGUUUGGGAACAAGCCAGAAAAGAGACAGAGAUAAGGUUGAUUUAUAAGCUUAAGACUGAUCUCGAGAUUUGCAGCUGCGGUGUGAGCUUUAAGUAACCCAGUUGGGAUCGAUGCCUAUGGUCAUGCCAAGGUUUUUGGACAUGAACCACAUAGUUAAUGAUUUUUGUUCUGAGGAUGAUACUUCAUAAGCUGCACAUAAGAGAGAUCUACAAGGACACCAUAGACUCUGUUAUAGUGAUAUUAUUGUAUAGGUAUUUGCUUUUAAUAACGCUAUCAAUUAGAUUUGCGAAGAUGUUUACCCGGAUGUACCAUUUUUGUUGUUGAUUAUGUUAUGUAAUUCCAUUGUCGACUGAUAAAUAAGUAUGAAGCAUAAUUUUUUUUUUGCUUAA